AUGAAAUCUCUUGCCCUGCGCCCGUGUGGCCCCUUGGACACGCGCACCUAUGUGCUUGUGGUGUCGGGCACCUUCAAUCCUCCGCAUCGAGGGCAUCUGCGCUUGGGGCUUUUCGCUAAAGAACGCCUCGAGAAGUUGGGGCAUCAGGUGGAGGCGGUGUGCUUUUUGCCGGUGCAUGACAACUACAUGCUGAACAAGCAGACGCUGGCGGCCAAGUCAGGGAGCAGUGGUGCCGAGGUCUUCUAUCCGAUGGCCGCCCGGUGCGACUUCCUGCGGGCCUUGCUGAGGCGGGAGGAGCCCAGGACAGAGGCCUUCUGCAAAGUCCUGGAUUAUGAACAGCAGCACCCGGAGCUCUUAGAAACUUCGCCCAACUACUGGGCAAAGAAGUUGCCUGAAGGCUACCUCCGAACGGUGCCCACGGCCUCCUUGCUGCGGCACGUGGCGCGGGGGGAUCUAGUGGGCCCCGGACAACGCCUGGGCGCCGUCUUCGGGGUGGACAACCUGGCAGGCAUGUCGUCCUGGAAUGCGGUCGGCGAGCUGCUGGAGGACACGGAUUUGAUCCUGGUGGCUCGAGAGAUGCAGAUCGUGGAGAUGUGCCAAGAUCCUGAGCCGUUGCUUGGGGCUCUCAAGCACUUCUGCUUGGAGGAGCGGGUGCAGGUGAAGUACAAAGACCAGGAGCUGCUGCCCCGAGAGCUGGGUCAUUUUGAGAAUGUCAACAGCUCGGGCCAUGCGCUUCUGUUGCUUCUCCCUGCGUUGCGAGGUCCCGAUGAGCAUCUCAGCAGCACGCAGCUGCGGAAGCGCUUGGUGGAGCUCUUGGCCUCGGCGCGGAGCCACGGCUGCGACGAGGAGCUGAUUCUGGCCAUGCUGCGGAGUACCCAGAAGAGUUCCCAAGCACUUGAGGAGGGGGCAAAGGCUGCUCGCGAACGUGGUGAGGGCGUUGAGGGCGCGUUGCCUCCGCCGAAGAAGGUCAAGCCAACUCUGGCUGCUAUUCCGCAGUUCAGCAUGAUUGGACCGGUCUACUUGCAGUUCUUCCAGGCGACGGACAGCCGUGCAGCUGCUGUCUUGGCUGCUUCCUUCGGUGAGUCUCUCCUGACCUUUGCGCCGCAGCGGCGGAACGCGCAGAUCCAGUACAAUGCUGCGAGGCCUGCUCAUCAGCACAUUGCCAUCACGCCCAGCAUGCAGAUUUCAGGGCCCGGCUUCAUUUUCCACGUCUGGCGAAAUGCGGUUGCGAUGAUGGGCAUCAGGCUCUUUGCUCCCUACACUGAAAGGGUGGUCCAGCAUCUUCCCACCAUGGACCGCCACCCAGAGACCAAAGCGAUCUUGUCGGACCUCAGCGCGUCCAUGAUCUCCUCCGUACUGUCGAUGCCCUUUAACCAGGUCUGUUCCUGGGCCUACUGCUCGCCGGAGCUCGUCCACAUGACGCAGAGGCAACGCCUGCAGGCCUAUGCAACUUUCCUGAUCGGGAGCUACUGCGGCGCUGGAAGGCUGGGGCUUCUGGGCCGUGAUCUGAUGGUGCGUAUCAGCUACACGAGCUUCCUCUUCACGGGAUACCACAUUGUCGAGCGGCGCAUGCGGCAAAUGAGCUCAGGUGACCGUUGA